UCACUUUUGCUAAAGACGGCUUUUGCAGACGUUUCUUUAUAUGACCCUUCUCCUGGAACAGAGAUUCGUAUGUCCAGUAACGAAUCUGCUCAAAUAUCGGUGGCCUGGCUAGAGUCUGGAACCCAUCCUCGCUUGAGCCAGCUUCAUAAUUACACCAUGGUCCUUUGCUCUGGUCCCAAUGGAAAGAUAAAGCCGAUUCAAACAUUGGCUGACGAAAUUUCUUCGAAAGCACUCCGGAAAAAUGACUAUACUUUCAAUGCAACCUUAUCUGAAAUCAAAGAUUCAGGGGUGUUCUUUAUUCAGGUUAUUGCUAAGGGCGACAAGGUGGUGACUAUUCAUUAUACUAAUCGAUUUGUGGUUUCAAAAAAUGGUGGGAAAGUCGAUACAACCAAAGCUGACGUUAGGUCUCCGUAUCCUGAAACCAUCUUCCAUGGUAAAAAAUCACAAUCUCUGACAUCAAUCAAGUUGAAAACAGAGUAUUAUACUUUGCCAUAUGAAGCCCAGGCAACCAUUGGACCAAUCAAAUAUGCUUCGAGACGAGCUCCUCCUCAAAGCUCA